UGGCCGCCGGGUCAGCGCGAGGAAACAGCGGGGAGCAGAGGGGGAAAGGUGUUUCACCUGCUAGUUGAUGUUUUGAAAAGAAAAGGACGUUCGGAAUAAAACAGCCACCUCAGAUGAACUCUUUGUUAGUUUAGAACAGAAGAGCCCGUCGCUCCAUCACUUGGUUUUUUCGCAUAGAUCUUCUGACAUUCAGGCGCGCCUUGCUGCUGGUUUAGACAGAGCACCAUCGUGCCUCUGUGGGUCGCACGGCGUUUCCUUUUAUUACUUAAAAUCACAAACAGCGUGGAAAAAGGCGAGAUAGUUCCCCGGCCCCCGCAGAUUCAACAAAGUAGUGAAAUGGUUGGUGCGAUGCCUGUAGUUUUCUUAAUGAUGAUUUCCUUUAAAUGCUGGGUUCAGCAUUAGGAUAGAAGAGACGAUAGAAAGUGGAAGUUUUUGCCCUUUUUUCCUCAAGUCCAACAAAGCGGCUGCUGCUGUUGUCAUAAUCUAGAAGAGGAGGACCCCCCAACCCCCCAUAGGACGAACAGUCUUGGAACCACAGACGGUACAACAGGACUCCAACAGACCGGUACCAACCAACCACUAGACCACACAACAAGUCGCUGUACAGCAGUAUGCCUGUAUGUUUGCCAGCAGCAUAAGAAGAAGCAUUAUGGAAGUGAAAGAGCGACGUCCAUACUGCUCCCUAACAAAGAGCCGGAAGGACAAAGAGGGGCCAUACAGUGCUAUUGGUUCCCAGGGACUCCGGGUCCCCACCCAGAAGUCCUAUUCCUCCAGUGAAACACUGAAGGCUUUUGACCAGCACCAAGACCAGACCAGGUUACUGUACGGGACAACCAAGGGACACAAGGACGUGGUUCACCAUGAAAAGGAUGAUUUUAACAGACAAGGUCAACACUUCAGUCUUCGUCAGCUGGGGAUCUGUGAGCCACCGUCUCGUCGCGGCCUGCCUUUCUGCCCUGAAAUGCCUCCACCCCACCGUGGUUUCUCAGUUGGUACAGCUCAGGAGCUAGACACUGAUAGUCAGGCAGUCAUGUCCCCAGAGCAUGCUAUGCAUCUGUGGGGCCGCGGAGGUCUGGGUAAAUCAUCCGGGAGGAGUUCCUGCCUGUCGAGCCGCUCCAACUCAGUGCUGACUCUAACUGACACUGAGCACGAGAACAAAUCGGACAGCGACAAUGAGCAACCGUCCAAUCAUCACAACUCCAGCCUUCCUCCGGUACCACCGCCUCAUCGCCAACAACCCUCAGUAACAGCUCUUAGCCAAGCCCUGAGCGCCACACAUCACACUGGCCAAUCCCUGAACUCCACAAGGCAGCUAACCCCUGCUACUGGAAGCCCGGCCCCUGUGGCCGGCCAAUCACCAGCAGAGCUGCAGACCACGCCCCCCGAGAGCGUCCCGCUGCAAGACAGCUGGGUGCUUGGUAGCAAUGUACCUCUGGAAACAAGGCACUUCCUCUUUAAAACAGGCACAGGCACUACCCCCCUCUUCUCCACAGCUACUCCUGGCUACACUAUGGCAACAGGCUCAGUGUACUCCCCUCCUACCAGGCCGUUACCUAGGAAUACUCUAUCCCGCUCAGCCUUCAAGUUCAAGAAAUCCUCCAAGUACUGCUCAUGGAGGUGUACAGCCCUCAGUGCAGUAGGUCUGUCUGUACUGCUGUCUGUCAUGCUCUGUUACUGCAUCGCCAUGCACCUGUUUGGUCUAAACUGGCAGCUUCAGGAGAGUGAGGGAUACGGAGCCUUUGAAAAUGGAGGUGGAGGAAGAGACACAACACCCAACACAUUUAUAGUGUCUACAGACAACAGUAAGAUGCUUUUUCUAGAGAACAACACCAUAGACACAGGAGAGGUGGAUGUGGGGAGACGAGCCAUACAAGAUAUACCUGCAGGUGUGUUUUGGAGGUCCCAGCUGUAUAUCGACCAACCACAGUUCCUGAAAUUCAACAUUUCCGUCCAGAGAGAUGCUCUUGUUGGUGUGUAUGGACGCAAAGGCCUACCACCUUCACAUACACAGUAUGACUUUGUGGAACUGUUGGAUGGCAGUCGACUUAUUUCGAAAGACAAACGAGCACUGAGUGACACCGACGCAGCACACAUACGUCUAGCCGGUUCUUUCGAAGAAGAGUCUGAGGGAGGCCCCCGACAUAUCCGCUCCGUGAAUGUGCAUGAGGCUGGGUUCAUCCAGUACCUGGACACUGGAAUCUGGCACCUGGCGUUUUACAAUGAUGGACGAAAUACAGAACAAGUCUCCUACAAUACCAUCAUCAUAGAGUCGAUUAUGGAGUGUCCUCACAAUUGUCAUGGAAACGGUGAAUGUCUCUCGGGGAUUUGCCACUGUUUCCCAGGAUUCCUGGGGCCCGACUGCUCUCGAGCGUCCUGCCCGGUGCUGUGCAGCGGUAACGGUCAGUACUCUCGCGGACGCUGCCAGUGCUACAGUGGUUGGAAAGGUACCGAGUGCGACGUGCCAGCCAACCAGUGUAUUGACAUCCACUGUGGAGGACAUGGUAUCUGCAUAAUGGGCGCCUGCAUCUGCAACACUGGUUAUAAGGGAGAGAACUGUGAGGAAGUGGACUGCAUUGACCCCAGCUGUUCGGCCCAUGGGGUGUGUAUUCAUGGCGAAUGUCACUGUCAGCCAGGCUGGGGCGGAGCCAGCUGUGAAAUUACCAAGGCCAUGUGUCCAGACCAGUGUUCAGGCCAUGGCACCUACAAUGCAGAGACCAGCACAUGUGCCUGCGACCAGAACUGGACUGGAGCUGACUGCUCUUUAGAGGUGUGUGAAGUGGACUGUGGCAGCCAUGGAGUGUGUUACGGCGGCGUAUGCCGCUGUGAGGAGGGCUGGACUGGAAGUGUGUGUGACCAAAAGGCCUGCCACCCACUGUGCAGCAAGAACGGAGUUUGUAAAGACGGGAAGUGUGAGUGUGACCAGGGAUGGACAGGGGAGCACUGCAACAUUGAGGGUUGUCCAGGUCUCUGCAAUAACAAUGGACGAUGCACCUUGGAGGCCAGCGGAUGGCACUGCAUCUGCCAGUCGGGAUGGAGAGGGGCGGGGUGCCACGUUGCCAUGGAAACACUAUGUACCGACAGCAAGGACAACGAAGGAGAUGGCUUGGCUGACUGCAUGGAUCCAGACUGCUGUCUGCAGCCUUCCUGUCAGAAUCAGCUGUACUGCAAAGGGUCACCUGACCCAGGCGAGGUGCUCAGCCAGUCUCCAUCCUCAGUGCCUCCUCAACAGGCUGCCAGAUCUUUCUACCAGCGCAUUCACUUUCUAGUUGGGCCUGAAUCGACUCACAUAAUCAAUGGUGAAAAUCCUUUUAAUAAAAGCUUGGUGUCGAUAAUUCGAGGUCAGGUCCUGACAGCUGAUGGAACACCUCUGAUUGGAGUCAACGUGACAUUUGUUCACUAUCCUGAGCAUGGAUACACUAUAACACGCAAGGAUGGCAUGUUUGAUCUUCUGGCCAAUGGCGGGGCAUCCCUCACACUGAGCUUUGAGCGUGCUCCCUUCCUCACUCAGUACAGAACUGUUUGGGUGCCGUGGAAUGUCUUCUAUGUGAUGGACACGCUUGUGAUGAAGAAGGAGGAAAAUGACAUUCCCAGCUGUGACCUGAGUGGUUUCAUCAGACCGAGUCCUGUCAUUGUUGCUUCUCCUCUGUCUACAUUUUACAGAAGCUCACCUGAAGAUGGCCCCAUCAUACCUGAAACACAGGUUCUACAAGAACAGACAUCAAUACCUGGCAGUGAUCUAAACCUGAUCUACCUUAGCUCCAGAGCAGCAGGAUAUAAACCAGUGCUGAAAGUCACCAUGACGCAGACAUCAAUACCUUUCAAUUUGAUGAAGGUUCACCUGAUGGUGGCAGUGGUGGGCCGCCUCUUCCAAAAAUGGUUCCCUGCACAACCAAAUCUGUCAUACACAUUCAUCUGGGACAAGACAGAUGCCUAUGGCCAGCGUGUCUAUGGACUAUCAGAGGCAGUCGUGUCCGUAGGUUUUGAAUACGAGUCCUGCCUGGAUCUCAUCCUGUGGGAGAAGAGGACGGCUAUUCUGCAGGGCUAUGAGUUGGAUGCUUCCAACGUGGGAGGAUGGACACUGGAUAAGCAUCACAUCCUGGACGUACAGAAUGGGAUACUGUACAAAGGCAGCGGUGAGAAUGUCUUCAUUUCCCAGCAGCCACCUGUCAUCAACAGCAUCAUGGGAAACGGUCGUCGCCGCAGCAUCUCGUGCCCCAGCUGUAAUGGGCAGGCAGAGGGCAACAAGCUGCUGGCGCCCUUGGCUCUGGCAUGUGGAGCAGACGGCAGCAUUUUCGUUGGCGACUUCAACUACAUCAGAAGAAUCUUUCCCUCUGGGAAUGUUACCAGUGUCAUGGAGCUAAGCAACAACCCUGCUCACCGGUACUACUUAGCCACUGACCCAGUAACAGGGCAGCUGUAUGUGUCCGACACUAACUCACGACGGAUUUACCGCCCCAAAGUGCUCAGCGGUGCCCGUGACCUCAUCAGUAAUGGAGAAGUAGUGGCUGGUACAGGUGAGCAGUGUCCUCCAUUUGAUGAAGCGCGUUGUGGAGAUGGAAGAAAAGCUACAGAGGCCCAGCUACUGGGACCAAAAGAUAUCCUCUUGUCCGUCGUCCACUGGAACUGCAGAGCCGUACCAACAGUAGUCCUGACAGUGCGGUUAGAGUGGCCCACAGAUCUAGCCAUCAAUCCCAUGGAUAACUCUAUCUAUGUGCUGGACAACAAUGUUGUGCUGCAGAUCACUGAAAAUAGACAGGUUCGUAUUGUGGCAGGUCGUCCCAUGCACUGCCAGGUGCCUGGUAUAGAGUACACCAUGGGAAAGAGGGCGGUUCAGACCAUGCUAGAGGGUGCUACAGCCAUCGCCUUAUCCUACAGUGGCGUUCUCUACAUCGCAGAGACGGAUGAGAAGAAAAUCCACCGUAUUCGACAGGUGUCGACUGAUGGAGAAAUUACCCAUCUAGCUGGAGCGCUAUCUGACUGUGACUGCAAGAAUGAUGCAAACUGCGACUGCUAUCAAACCGGAGAUGGCUAUUCCAAAGAUGCCAGGCUUAAUUGUCCUUCCUCUCUGGUUGUGUCUCCGGAUGGGACGCUGUAUGUGGCUGAUCUGGGAAACAUCCGCAUUCGAGCCGUACGACGCAACCAACCACCUACGGGCUCUCUGGCUUCAGGUCCCAGUUCCUAUGAAGUGGCCUGUCCAGCCUCUCAAGAGCUCUACGUGUUUGAUGCAAACGGGACUCACCAGUUCACCAUGUCUCUGGUCACUGGAGACUACAAAUACAACUUCAGUUACAGCAAUGAGGAGGAUGUGACUGCGGUGACGGACAGCAGUGGAAACACGCUCCGCGUGCGCAGAGACACUAACAGGAUGCCUGUACGUGUGGUUGCUCCCGACAAUCAGGUCAUUUGGCUGACCAUUGGGACUAAUGGAGGUCUGAAGACCCUCACAGCUCAGGGCCAGGAACUGGUCUUGUUUACUUACCAUGGGAACAGUGGCUUGUUGGCUACCAAGAGUAUCCAAAUUGGCUGGACUACCUUCUAUGACUAUGACAGUGAGGGUCGUUUGACUAAUGUGACCUUCCCCACUGGGGUGGUAACCAGUCUCCAUGGCGACAUGUCGUCAGGGGCUGUUGCUGUGGACAUUGAGACGUCAGGGAGGGAUGAGGAUGUUGCCAUAACAACCAACCUAUCAUCAAUAGACUCCUUCUACACUCUGGUGCAAGACCAGCUUCGUAACAGCUACCAGGUGGGGAACGACCACUCACUGAGGGUGAUCUAUGCGAACGGGAUGGACACGCACUACCAGACAGAGCCUCAUAUUCUGGCAGGUGCUGCUAACCCAACUGUUGCGCGACGUAACAUGACUCUGCCGGGAGAGAACGGCCAAAACCUGGUGGAGUGGAGGUUCAGGAAGGAGCAGACGAGAGGAAAAGUCAUCGUCUUCGGAAGAAAACUCAGAGUGAAUGGGAGGAAUUUGCUGUCUGUGGAUUAUGAUCGUACACUGCGAACUGAGAAAAUCUAUGAUGACCACAGGAAGUUCCUGCUGAAGAUCAUCUAUGAUACCCAAGGCCAUCCAACACUCUGGGUUCCCAGCAGCAAGCUGCUGUCGGUUAACCUGACGUACUCCAGUUCGGGUCAGGUGACAGGUCUCCAGAGGGGUCCGACCACAGAGAGAUGGGAAUACGACAGUCAGGGACGAAUCAUUUCCAGAGUCUUCGCUGAUGGAAAGAUGUGGAGUUACACGUAUCUGGACAAGUCCAUGGUGCUGCUGCUGCACAGCCAGCACCAGUACAUCUUUGACUAUGACUCCGUGGACCGCCUGUCAGCAGUCACCAUGCCCAGCGUGGCCCGACACACCAUGCAGACCAUCCGAUCCGUAGGAUAUUACAGGAACAUCUACACCCCACCAGAAAGCAACGCGUCUGUUACUGUGGAUUACUCUGAAGAUGGACAGCUCCUGAGGGUGGCUCAUCUAGGCACUGGCCGGCGUAUACUGUACAAAUACCGCAGACAGAACAAGCUGGCAGAAAUCCUUUAUGACUCGACCAGGGUCAGCUUCACAUAUGACGAGACUGCUGGUGUGCUUAAGACUGUCAACCUGCAGAGCGAAGGCUUCAUCUGCUCCAUCCGGUACCGCCAAAUUGGCCCACUGGUUGACCGGCAAAUAUUCCGCUUCAGCGAGGACGGGAUGGUGAACGCGCGCUUUGACUACACCUAUGACAACAGUUUCAGGGUCACCAGCAUGCAGGCUGUAAUCAACGAGACGCCGCUGCCCAUCGAUCUCUAUCAGUUUGACGACAUAUCUGGGAAAGUGGAACAGUUUGGGAAGUUUGGAGUCAUUUAUUACGAUAUCAAUCAGAUUAUCUCCACAGCAGUAAUGACCUACACAAAACACUUUGACCAGCACGGCCGCAUCAAGGAGAUCCAGUAUGAGAUUUUCAGGUCACUGAUGUACUGGAUCACCAUUCAGUAUGACAACAUGGGCCGAGUGACAAAGCGUGAAAUCAAGAUCGGGCCGUUUGCUAACACGACCAAAUAUGGUUAUGAGUAUGACGUCGAUGGACAGCUGCAGACCGUCUCCCUCAAUGAGAAGAUGAUGUGGAGAUAUAAUUACGAUCUGAACGGGAAUCUGCAUCUGCUGAACCCUGGGAACAGCGGGCGUUUGACCCCUCUGCGCUACGACCUGCGGGACAGAAUCACUCGGCUGGGAGAUGUUCAGUAUAGGCUGGAUGAAGACGGCUUCCUCAGACAGAGAGGAGCUGAGAUAUUUGAAUACAACUCCAAAGGCCUACUAGUUCGUGUCUACAGCAAAGCAGCCAGCUGGACCAUCCAGUACCGUUAUGACGGCUUGGGUCGGCGAGUAGCAUCUAGGAACAGCCUGGGCCAGCACUUGCAGUUCUUCUAUGCGGACCUGAACUAUCCCACCAGGAUAACCCACGUCUACAACCACUCCAGCUCAGAGAUCACGUCCUUUUACUACGAUCUGCAGGGCCAUGUUUUUGCCAUGGAGAUCAGCAGCGGAGAAGAGUUUUAUAUUGCAUGUGAUAACACUGGGACUCCACUGGCUGUGUUCAGUAACAAUGGGCUCCUGCUUAAACAGGUGCAAUACACAGCGUAUGGUGAAGUUUACUUUGAUUCCAACCCAGACUUCGUGUUGGUAAUUGGUUUCCACGGAGGUCUGUAUGAUCCUUUGACGCGGUUGCUUCAUUUUGGAGACAGAGAUUAUGACAUUCCUGCGGGAAGGUGGACCACUCCUGACAUCAGCACAUGGACACGUGUUGGUAAGGACCCUCAGCCCUUUAACCUGUACAUGUUCCAAGGUAACAACCCCAUCAGCAAGAUCCACCAGGUCAAAGAAUAUGUCACAGAUAUCAACAUCUGGUUGGUCACAUUUGGCUUUCAUCUCCAUAAUGCCAUCCCAGGAUUCCCUAUUCCGAAAUUUGACCUGAUACAGCCAUCACUGGAGAUGAAAAAGAGCCAGCUGUGGGAUGACCUGCCUUCUAUCUCAGGCGUCCAGCAGGAAGUGACCCGUCAGUCUCAGGCCUUUCUGUCGUUUGAGCGCAUGCCAGAAAUUCAGCUCAGUCGGCGACAUUCAGACCACAACAAGCCUUGGCUGUGGUUUGCCACUGUCAAGUCUCUGAUAGGAAAGGGAGUGAUGCUCGCCGUGAUCCAAGGUCGCGUUGUGACCAGUGCUCUAAACAUCGCCAACGAGGACUGCAUCAAGGUGGCUGCUGUCCUAAAUAAUGCCUUUUACCUUGAGGGCUUGCAUUUCACAGUGGAGGGAAGAGACACGCACUACUUCAUCAAGACCAGCCUGCCUGAGAAUGACCUCAGCGCACUGCGGCUCACCUCGGGGAGGAAGUCACUAGAAAAUGGAGUAAACGUCACAGUAUCCCAGUCCACAACAGUCAUGAAUGGGAGAACGCGGCGUUUUGCUGAUGUGGAGCUCCAGUACGGCGCCCUGACACUUCACGUGCGUUACGGGACGACGCUGGAUGAGGAGAAAGCGCGAAUCCUGGAACAAGCAAGGCAGAGGGCGCUGUCGAGUGCCUGGGCGCGCGAACAACAGCGAGUGAGAGACGGGGAAGAAGGAGUACGGCUAUGGACGGAGGGAGAAAAGAGGCAGCUGCUAAGCAGCGGGAAGGUUUUGGGUUAUGAUGGAUACUACGUACUGUCUAUAGAGCAGUACCCCGAGCUAGCCGACAGCGCUAACAACAUCCAGUUCCUACGGCAGAGUGAGAUAGGGAGGAGGUAACACGGCAUUAACAGAAUCCAAUGAUCCCGCCCACUGACUGUCAGAGACUAACAAAAGCUUUUCAAACAUGGAUGUCACAGACUGAAACCAAGCCACUGAAGAGAUCCCGCGAUCCCUUUUUUUGGGAUCAAAAUGUUAAAAUGGGAUUUCUAGACUGAUGAUGUAACAAUCACUUCAGUGCAGCUGACCCGAAACACGGCUGCAGUUUGAUGGUCUGCAAACCCGGAUAAAGGUUCCUUUUUUCAGUCAUGUUCUUUUUCUCUAUCUCGCUUUCUCUUUUUUUCACCCGGUCGUCUGCCUUCGAACAGCUUGCACGCAUGACCCCCCAUCCCCGCCGCCUUUCGUGAAAGGUGGGGGCUAUAACCCGACUGCUAUAUUUGUGUGCUAGCUAGCUAUCAAACAGUGGGAUGUAGAGACUCGUUCAAGCGGCCGACUGAGGACUUUACAGUCACAUGAGCUUGCAAGCGUUUCAACAGCUGGUAACUGUCAGUGUAAUCGCCAUCUGUGCAUCCCUAAGAGAUGUUGCAGGUGUCGUAUCUCUGUUGGGAGCCACGUCUGUAGGCUCUGUCGUGUCCAUGGCUGAAGCAACUGAGUGGAACCACCGUCGUGGACUCUCUAAGAAGGACAGGCACAAAAAUUCAACUUUGUAUGAAAGCUGAAAAAAAUAAACUGAUUUUCUCUUUGAGUUUUUUUCUUUAUAUAAACUUGCUGUUGCUUCAGACAAAAAGGGUAUAUGAAAAUUAACAAAAACAUUUUUACAUAGUAUUACUUAUACCACUAUUACUACUUUUACUGCACCGUCACCACUGGAAUGGACCAUUAUAUGACC